GCACAACAUACGAGCAGGUAUUCGAUAAAUUCUGAUGGUUAAAUAUUCGUAUACAGUUCGAUACAGCAUAGUCAGUGACUGCUGCCUCGGCAAUACUCCGAACCGAGUGAACCCGAUAUGUAUCCCGAUACCUGUCCCUGAAGAUGACCCCUACCUCCAGCAGACCAACAUCAGGUGCUUUAACCUCACUAGGAUAAUCACAUACCAAGAAGUUGGGUGUCUGCCCAACUCGCUGCCUGCUGAAAGAUACUCCACAUCAACACCACUACUAGAUUUAGGUAUAGUAUAUGGGAAUACAGAACUAAGAAGUAGAUCAAUAAGAGCGAAUCAAGGCGGUUUGCUGGCAUUCAGGAUGGAAGGAGACCGAGAAGUGCCGAAUGGAAACAGCCCGCGAUGUAUCCGCAAUGCAGCUAAUGAAACAAGCUGCUACAACUAUGGUAAGCACCCUAAUCGGUAUUCUUUCUACUCUCACGUAAAAGAUCCUUUUGAGAGUGAGGGGCGUAAGGGGAGCUACUGACAAGUCGCUUUUGUUACGCUAAUGAUAUAGUAUCAUGACAAUCUAUCGACCGCCCGGUGGUCCACUCCUAAAGUACAUGAAAUAAUUUUAAUAUUCAUCGGUACGUACAGGAAGGCCUCUAUCUAUCUGCUUCUCAGGUGAUGACUUUCAAGGAAACCUUCUUACUGGAAUGGCCCUAACAACGAUGUGGUUCUUCAGAGAGCACAACAGGAUUGCGCGGCGUCUGGUAAAGAUCAAUCCUUGUUGGGACGAC